AUGCGAUUCUCACUUGGAGUUUUCGCCGUCUUCAUCAUUCCUGCACUCGCAGAUGGUCCCUGCGAUGUCAAUUCCGAUUCGUGCAGAGCAGUGAUCAACGCAAGCGCCUGCUUCAACGAAUUUAUGUCUGGUGGGAACAAAGCUUCAAUUCUGAAUUGUCUCGCUGGUACAGAUGGAGCAGCUUCGCCUAAAGACAAAAUGUGCGCAUGCACUGGAUGUGUUGCUCCGGUCAUGACGGCGUGGCUUACAAAGAACAAUGUUUGCACUUGA